UCUGGCUGUUUCAGUUACGAGCCCUACCGCGAGCGUCUUCUCUGAUUAUUGGGUGCUGGGUGAUUUUCUUUCUUUCUGCUUCUCUUUUCACGGAUCGAGAUCAAAAGAGAUGGAGAAACGGGGUGGGAUAGUGGGACACGGGGGGUCGUGGGUCGUGGGGGGACGGGAAGAGAAUGGGGGGUUUAAAGGGUGGUUCUAUUUCUUUUUUAUUUUCGAUUCCGCUUUUUUCUUCUAUUUCUUUUCUUUUUUGCUUUUAUUCUUUUCGAGGAUAUCUCAUGUAAGGAACUGGAUGUGCGGUGUAGUGGGGUACCUAUCGGGUUUCUUUUUUCUUCUUUUCUCUUUCUCUUUUCUCUUUCUUCUUUCUAUCUUUCUUUCUUUUUUUUCUUUUCCAAUGGAAGAAGGCACGGAAGCAGAAACAGAAGCAGAAACAGAAUUACUUUGUUUUCAAGUUUCUUUUUUUUGGUCUAGUGUUGACUGACUGUCGCUGUGUCACUGUGUCAUUGUGUUUUCUAUGGC